GGACGGGACCAGUUGACGAAACCUAAACAGGCAGAAGAAGUCGAGGUUUAGCCCAGUUCAACAGACUGAUAGUCGUCAGAGUCAUCACCAGAAAGGGAGGAAGAAGAUGAGUCCAAGAAUCUUUAGAACUGGAGCACCUUUGGUCCUCUUGAUGAGUCUGUUGGUGACACCCUCUCUUGCCCACGUCAUUUUGGAACCUCGUGGUGCCAAAAAUGGAACUGGAGUCCAGCCGAAAGUGACCGCCUGCGAUGCAGCUGAUCAAGUCCCCAUGGGGACUGUGACCGAAUUGGUGCCAGGGGAAACAGUCUGCAUUGAUUCCCCGGGGUUUCCCGCAUAUUACCCAAACAACUUCGACAACUACUGGGGAUUUAAGAGGACGGAUCCAAACAGCAAGCUGUCAAUCACCUGCAUGCCAGUAGCCAUUGAAGGAAGUCCUGACUGCAUGAAUGACCGCUUGGUCAUUAGUCACGCCUGUGAAUGGGGAAGAUACUGUGGUGCCAACCGCCCAUCCGCUAUCACUGCCUGCUCCAACUGGCUCAACGUGAGGUUCCAGACCAACGGUUAUGAACAAAAAAUGGGUUUCAAGUGUCUGGUCUCAGCCUCAGAUGUGACGACUACAACAACUGCCACAACCACAACGCCUACUACAACAACUACAACCACCAAGCCCUACAACUACUUCUACCACAACGACCACCACACCAAUCCAACCCACUACUUCACACAACUUCAAACGGCUACAAACCACAACACGCCCUACGACAACUACAACAACUACCAAACCUACAACUACAACCGCUACAACCACACCUACAACAACUACAACAUCGAUUUCAACUUCUACAACUACAAUGAAUCCUAA